AUGGCCUAUCCUCUCUCUACAAAUUCUCGUUGGAUCAUAGACGAAAAAGGACAAAGAGUGAAGCUGGUGUGUGCAAAUUGGCCAGCGCAUUUGCAACCUGUUGUGGCGGAAGGACUGAGCAAGCAGCCGGUUGAUGCUGUGGCCAACAAGAUACUGGCAAUGGGUUUCAAUUGUGUUAGACUAACUUGGCCACUUGAUUUGGCUACAAAUGAGACAUUGGCUAAUAAUGUUACUGUGAGACAAUCUUUUCAAAGUCUUGGUCUUACUGAUGACAUUUCUGGUUUCCAAACCAAGAACCCAUCCAUGAUUGAUCUACCCCUCAUUGAAGCUUUUAAGACGUUGGUGGCUACUCUAGGAAGAAAAAAUGUGAUGGUGAUUUUAGACAACCACUUGACCAAGCCAGGGUGGUGCUGCGGCUACGACGACGGCAACGGUUUCUUUGGAGACACUUUCUUUGACCCUGCCACGUGGAUAGCCGGUCUGACCAAAAUGGCCACGACCUUCAAAGGUGUCUCCAAUGUAGUUGGCAUGAGCCUCAGAAACGAACUUAGAGGAUCUAAACAAAACAUCGACGUUUGGUUCAAGUACAUGCAACAAGGAGCCGAAGCAGUUCACAGAGCAAACCCUAAUGUACUUCUAAUCCUCUCUGGCUUCAACUACGACACCGACCUCUCAUUCGUCCGAUCACGACCCGUAACCCUAACUUUCACCAGAAAACUCGUAUUCGAGCUCCAUCGAUACUCUUUCACCAACACAAACACGUGGAGUUCCAAAAACCCUAACGACGCAUGCGGCGAGACUCUGAAAAGUAUCGACGACGGAGGCGGUUUCAUCCUCCGGGACUUCCCGGUGUUUCUUAGUGAGUUUGGAAUCGAUUUGAGAGGCAAAAACGCCAACGAUGAUAAGUAUAUUGGAUGUAUAUUAGGUUGGGCGGCGGAAAAUGACGUAGAUUGGUCGAUUUGGGCACUGUCAGGAAGUUAUUAUCUCAGAGAAGGUGUGGUCGGAAUGAUUGAAUAUUACGGGGUGUUGGAUUCGGAUUGGAUCAGUGUUCGAAACUCCGGUUUCAUGCAACGAUUGUCUCUUAUUCAAUCCACGCUUCAAGGACCGGGCCCUCAACCAAAAGUCUACAAUCUUGUUUUCCACCCACUAACCGGACUUUGCAUGCUACAAACUUCAAAAGAUCCGACCAAGGUCACUCUCGGUUUAUGUAAUGAGUCUCAACCAUGGAGCUACACUCUUGACAACACCUUGAAACUCAAAGAUAAGUCUCUAUGCUUAGAGAAUACUGGACCAAAUGCGCCGGUUAGGCUCAGUGAGAUGAGUUGCUCGAGCCCUAACUUAUCGAAAUGGCAGACCAUCUCAGCCUCUAAUAUGCUCUUAGCUGCGAAGUCAACCAAUAACUCGCUUUGUCUUGACGUCGAUGUAGACAAUAACCUCGUGGCUAGUAACUGCAAGUGUGUGAAGGGGGAAGACAGCUCGUGUAUGGCGAUGAGCCAGUGGUUUAAGAUCGUUAAAGUUACUAAAUAA